GAGGCUGAGGCGAAGGCGGCAGUUGCCUAGCCGGUGACGGUGCUCCCCCGGACCCCCUUUCAGGCCCCAUGGAGGCGGCGGCGGGCGGCGGCUGCGGCUCUGGGCCGCCGCUGCUGCUGAGCGAGGGCGAGCAGCAGUGCUACUCCGAGCUCUUCGCGCGUUGCGCCGGCGCCGCAGGCGGGGGCCCCGGGUCCGGGCCCCCUGAGGGCGCCAGGGCCGUCCCUGGCGCGGCCACCGCAGCCGCGGGCCCUGUGGCCGACCUGUUCCGGGCGUCACAGCUGCCCGCGGAGACGUUGCACCAGAUCACAGAACUGUGUGGUGCAAAGCGGGUUGGUUAUUUUGGUCCAACACAGUUUUACAUUGCCUUAAAAUUGAUUGCUGCAGCGCAGUCUGGCCUCCCUGUACGGAUAGAGAGUAUUAAAUGUGAACUGCCACUGCCUCGCUUUAUGAUGUCAAAGACCGAAGCUGAAAUACGAUUUGGGAAUCCGGCUGAACUGCAUGGAACUAAGGUUCAGAUUCCAUAUUUAAUCACAGAAAAAAAUACCUUCAAAAGAAUGGACGAUGAGGAUAAACAGCAGGAAACACAGUCUCCCACGAUGUCACCCCUCGCCUCCCCUCCUUCUUCUCCGCCUCAUUACCAGAGGGUGUCCUUGAGCCAUGCCUACGGCAAACUGCGGAGCAGCUCGGAGCAGAUGCAUCCAGCUCCUUAUGAAGCUAGACAGCCCCUUGUUCCACCUGAAGGACCCUCGUCGGGGGCCCCAGGAGCCAAGCCCCCUCGCCAUCAGGCUUCCCUUAUUCGGUCCUUUUCCGUGGAGAGAGAACCGCAGGAUAACAACAGUAAUUACCCAGAUGAGCCCUGGAGGAUAACAGAAGAACAGCGCGAGUACUAUGUCAAUCAGUUCCGAUCCCUUCAGCCUGACCCCAGUUCCUUCAUUUCAGGUUCUGUGGCCAAGAACUUCUUCACCAAAUCAAAGCUUUCCAUUCCAGAACUCUCCUACAUAUGGGAACUGAGUGAUGCCGACUGCGAUGGAGCCCUGACCCUGCCUGAGUUCUGUGCUGCUUUUCAUCUCAUUGUGGCCCGGAAAAACGGCUACCCGCUGCCUGAGGGCCUGCCUCCGACUCUGCAGACAGAGUACCUGCAAGCAGCUUUUCCUAAGCCCAAGUGGGAGUGUGCAUUAUUUGAUUCUUACUCUGAGUCAAUGCCUGCAAACCAACAACCCCGUGACUUGAAUCGGAUGGAGAAGCUAUCUAUUAAAGACAUGGCUGACUUUCCUGUCCCAACCCAAGAUGUGACUAGUGAUGACAAGCAAGACAAAACACGUGUAGGUUUGAAAAGUACUACAGAUGAAGCCUUACCAAAGGACACGUCUGAGGACCAAGGUGGCAGAAGUCUCUCCCUGGCCUGUGCUUCCACUGUGGCUGGUGGUGGUGAUGACAAUGGUGAUGCCACUUCUAAGGAUUCCAACAGCCUCAAAGCAAGACCAAGAUCCAGAUCUUACUCUAGCACCUCCAUAGAAGAGGCCAUGAAAAGGGGCGAGGACCCUCCCACCCCGCCACCGCGGCCACAGAAAACCCACUCCAGAGCCUCCUCCUUGGAUCUGAAUAAAGUCUUCCAGCCCAGUGUGCCAGCUACUAAGUCAGGAUUGUUACCUCCACCGCCUGCGCUCCCUCCAAGACCUUGUCCAUCACAGAUUUCCCAUCUCAGGGUAAACAGUAAGCGCAGUGCUCAGCCCAGGCCUCCAACUCAGCUGCCUAACUAUGGAGAUUUCAGACUGCAGAAACAGUCUGAACAAACAUCUGAGGCUGAAAUACACCCCCAGCUGAACAGAGCCCCCUCCCAAGCUGCAGAGAAUAGUCCAACAAAGAAGGAUGUACCAUAUUCUCAGCCUCCAUCAAAGCCCAUCCGAAGGAAAUUCCGACCUGAAAACUCAGCUACAGAAAGCCAAGAGACUUCUACCACUGUUGGCGGGCCAGCAUCGGCAGCGACAGUGAAACCCCAUGCGGCAGUCCAAAAACAGUCUUCCAAACAGAAGAAGGCUAUUCAGACUGCCAUCCGCAAAAAUAAAGAGGCAAAUGCAGUGCUGGCCCGGUUGAACAGUGAACUCCAGCAGCAGCUCAAGGAGGUUCAUCAAGAACGGAUUGCAUUGGAAAACCAAUUGGAACAACUUCGUCCAGUCACUGUGUUGUAAUCCCUGAGAUUCAAGUAACAGUGGGUGACUUUUUCUGCCAAGAUCUUUCCUGUGAAUGUUUCAACCCAACUACUUGUCAUAGAUGUCCAAGACUGUGUGAAAAGCUGUGAGCAGUGGAAUAUAAUCCGUAUUUCCUUUUCUCUUGUAGUUCCCUUGUAUGUUUUACUCUGGUGGAAAAAAUACAACCGGUUAUCACACUUGAAAUUGUAAUUAUCGGUGGAAUUUAUCUCCCCUUCUUAAGUACUUCCUCAAGUUGUUAGAUGUUGCUCCUUACCAAAAACCAAUCUUCUAGCAAAUGGAAACAAGUUAGAGCAUUAUUUAUUUAAAGAAUUUAUGAUUUGUAUAAAACCUCAUAACCUAGUACCUUCAGGAUGCUUGUUUUAUUUUUGUAUGUAUAUCAAAUACAGUAGGUUGGUUUCCUGAAUAAUUGGGAUUCCAACUGGAUAGUCUUUGGCAUGAUGAUAAUAAAAACAAAAACUAAAACAAGAGCAUCACAUUUAGACUGGCACUGUGCCCUCCGCCACCAUAUGCCAAAAACCGCUUCUCUAGUGCCAUUUUGACAUUAUAUCUAGCUAUAAAUAAUACGUAACUAUUGUUUUGUGUUGAAUGGCAGAGAUUUAUUGGGUCUUUGCACCUCUGUAAAGUGGAAGUUUUGUCAGUGAUCUAUUUAACUUGGCCCAGCUAGGCCAUUAACUCACAGAACUCAGUCCUUUCAUGUAAAUUUUUGGGCAAGAGCAAUCUGCUUUUUGAACUGCCUCGCCCAAUCAAAUUGAACAAAUAGUUGCCAGAUCUCUACUUUUAUCCUGCAUGGGAUAACAUAUCUGUAAAUGCAUGUAUUUGGAAGCCGCCCUUCAGAUGCGAAAGGCUGAAGAGAUUGUUUGGUCUGAUAAAUAUUUAUUGCUUGAACCCAGGUAUUCAACCUGGGGAAGAAGGAGAACUGGUUGUUACCAACAGUCCAACAACUCUGGUAGUUAUUUUUGUCUCUGUUAUUUUAACCCGGAUUGUGAUUCUAUUGAGUACGAAGAAAUAAUGAAAGAAAACGCAUCUUCACUCUGGACGUACAACUGUCCGUUCUGUGUGAAGUGUACCCUGGGGAAGUGGUUCGUUUAUGUAUGGUCCAGCAGAGCCCAACUGACUCCAGUGUAUGUGUUGUAAAACUAUGAGCUCAUACUGCAGAAGCCAUAUGCUGUAGAAACUUUGAUCACUUGCUCCCCCUGAAAACUCAAGUUGAAAGUGGGAAAUGAUCGACUCUCACAGGGGUCAGGGCAUGCCUGCUUUAACAUCACUUGGAGAGACUGAUUACAAGAAAUGCUGUCUCUUGUGCAUUUUACUGAUUUACCCAUUCUUGCAGUAGAGGGGUAUGGUGUGCCUACGGUCCUUUCUGAAGUGCUUUAGGAUAGAGAGGCUUGCAGUAUGUGGGACUGAGCCCUUGUUUCAGUAGAUUGAUGGCUCUUAGAAUAAGUAGGCAUUUAAUGCUUCCAUAUUUUAUUUGCAAGCUUUAUCAAUAGCUUAAUGACAGAAGAGAAAGGCUCAAACAGACGAUGUUUUCCUGAAGAAAAACAGCUUGGUGGUUCUAUUCUGUGCAUAUUAAAGGAUUUUGAAUUGAUUUGAGUUUGAAAAUCAAAAAACUUGAACUAUUUCUCUAUUCUCCCUUUCCUUCUCUUUUGGUUGCCUUCUCUGUCCCUCUGGAAGGUGUCUGGAAUCAUUUAAAACCCUUCCUAAGAUUAUAAAUGGGUGGUGCAAAUUUUUUAGGUAACCUCUUUUCCCAUAUUCUGAGACCUGGGGGCCGUAACGAAUUUUAUCAACAGUGUCCUCACUGCAGACAUUUCACAGCAUGUUUACCAUUUGUAAUAUUCCAUCCAGGAAAGACUAACAUAUGCACUUCAUCUCAUAAUCUUCUAGGACAUACACCCUCACUCGAGAUAGCGCUGCAUAACCAUUAAGCAGGCAUACAAACGAAGGAAUGUUAGUCUUCAUUAUACAUUUAAGAAAUGUUGAGAUAUUUUCCCCCUAUCAAGUCCACACCAGAGUGAGACAAAUUAGGAUGUUGGAGUUUUGUUUACUUGGCUUGGUUUUCAUUAAAGGAACAAACUCGCAUUGGACAUAAAGCCCCAUGGGUCACGUAGUGUCACCCAUAUUUUAAGAUGAAUGGUGCAUUAGAGCCCACGUCAGUAAUGUCUAGGCGCGACUUUCUUGACUGCACUUAACAGUGACCGCAGUUUUAUUAGUUGUUUAGAAGUGGAUUAAAAAAAAAACAAAUGCACACUAUUAUGAUUACUUGACUAGUGCUCAUCUGCUGUUCCUCUGUUUUCUUAGGAUAUGCACUUUUAAUUUAGGAUUAUAACUCCUGUUAAUGUUCCUGUGAGCCUUUAAUGUGAUUUGUAGGAAGGCUGAGUUCUUGAAAUCCCCAUUAGCCCUCUUCUAUAAAACUACGCCCAGAUUAGACCCGCUUGUUGGGCAGAAUUCAAUGGACAGAAGGCUGGUGUUGCCCCCGUCCAGGGAGGUUUCAUAAGCUUGUUGCUGAGUGCUCCUCCUCCAUAGGGUCCUGGAGCCCCACAGCAGAACACGCAGCAGGAAUUGACAGCAGGCUUCCUGCUACCCACGUGUGGCAUUACUGCUUUUGCUGCCUCCCUGUCCAGCAGACGUGAAGCCAAAGCAAAAGGCAGAUAUGUGGAAUGGAAGUGCAUGUUGUAAUUGAGGCAGAUACUUGCAUUUGCUUUAGUUGGAAAGAUCUAGCCCCUUUAUAAAUAUCAGAGAGGUUCUUUGGACCUAAUCAGGACAGGAGACAUUGUAGCUGGAAGUCCAUUUACUCUCAUUGGAGAAUAGGAUGACCGAGGGGAGGCGACAUGGACCCGUCUCCUGCAGUUUGCUCGUGGGGAAGCCGCAUUUUCUAGCCCGAGAAUCCAUAGAAGGAGGUAACUAGUGGCAGAGUUGGGAUGCCAGCUAAUCUUAGGGAUUCUAAGUCAAGUCCUCUAGCCUCUAGCAGUACUAAAAAUAGAUUAGAAGGGUUUCUUCUAUUUACCAUGCUGAAUUUUAUUUACUUAGUAGGUUUUAAAGUAUGAAAACAUGUUUCUUCAGUGAGUUUUAUAUCUAGAUAUUUCUCUUGGAUUGAAGCAAAAAAUAAAAUUUGAAGGGAAAGAGUAUGAUUGAACUAUUUGUUCUUCUGAACACCUCACCUUUCAUGAUGCAAUCAAUUACUCUGAGUUUCUUGGCAGAACUUUUGACAGCUGUUGCUUUGAAUGGAUUCCAUUCCUGUAUUCCUUAUGGGCGUUUGUUUUUAAAAUAGACUACUGCGAUUGAAAUGAAUUCAGUAUGUAGUAAGUUACAGUUUUCUUCGAUAUACAGUUAUGUGGGUUGCAAAUGUUCGAUUUCAGCAUAUUUUAGGGGGAGUAGUAAAAAACACGAAGUGUCCUUUGAUUUCCUACCCAUGUCUGAAAGUAUCAUAAAGCACUCUUCAUAUGUGACUUGAUUCUAUAGUUUGCUUAUAAAUGAUAACUUGUUUCUUAAACGAUCUCACAAUCAUGGUAAUAGAUGGGGA